UUUUAUUUGUGACCAGGAAGUGAUGCAACCAAAGGCUGAACUGUGUCCAAAAUGUCUGCAGAACUUCUCACUAAGACUUUAGUGUUGUACUGUUGAUCGUAAGCGACGACCCGUUGCAAUUUAUCCUUUAAAUAAAAGUGACAAUGUUGUCACAGCCACAGUAAUGCACCUGUCCCCAGUUUGCCUCGCCAAGCCUGUUCUUCAUGGAUACUUCAGAAGCUCCUGCUCCUGGAGGGUUCGCAUCGCUUUUGCUCUUAAAGGAAUAGAGUACGACCAGGUUCCAGUCAAUCUGAUCAAAGAUGGAGGUCAGCAGCUCACUGAACAGUACAAAUCCUUAAACCCCAUGCAACAAGUGCCUGCAGUGGAAAUCGAUGGCAUCACCCUUUCUCAGUCACUGGCAGUGAUCCAGUACAUCGAGGAAACCAGGCCAGGACCCCGCCUCCUUCCUGCAGACCCCAAGAAACGGGCCCAGGUCCGGAUGAUCAGUGAUGUCAUUGCCUCUGGGAUACAGCCACUGCAGAACUUGUAUGUGAUCCAGAAAAUGGGAGCAGAGAAAGUGCCUUGGGCUCAGCAAUUCAUCACUCGUGGUUUCCAAGCUCUGGAGCCCAUUCUGAAGCAAACGGCAGGAAGAUACUGUGUCGGCGAUGAGAUUUCCAUGGCCGACAUCUGCUUGGUCCCACAAGUCUACAAUGCAGAGAGGUUCAAGGUGGACGUCGAGCAGUUCCCAACCAUCAAUAGGUUAAAUCAAACCCUAAUUGAAAUCGAGGCUUUCAAAGUGAGCCACCCGUCUUGCCAACCAGACACACCUUCCGAUCUUCGCACAUAACAGCUAUACAAAGUAAUUUGAGACUUUCUUUAAUAAAACACUUUGAAAAUAA